CUGUUGGGCACUGGUCGCCCCUCAUACACGUCUUUCCGGUCAGGGUUAAUUUCGCCUCCGUCCUGCUCGCAUUGAAGAAACAAACGCUUCAUUCUGUCGUCUUGGUUUUUAUUCAGUAGAAUCAAAGUGUCUUGUUUGCUUGAUUUCUGUAAAGAAACGGAAUACUCUCAAAAAAAAAAACAAAAAAAAACAAAAAACGGAUCCGCUCUCUGACGGGAGGCGCAGAUGCAACAGCUCGGUGGUGGAGAAGGAGACUCAGACAGACGGCGCCAAACACCGACUGGAUGGAAUACAAAGCCAACCGGACUCCGUUCGCUUCGGCUGAGAUGAAGCCCCGGCUAUGAUCAGACGGCUUGGUGUUUUCAAAAGAGACCCGAGAAAAGAAAUCAGUUUUUUUUUUUAAUAAUUUCCUUUGGAGAGUACAAAGGACAUGAAUAAAAAUUAACAGCAUGAUGGCUGUGCAGAAGGAGGCGGUUUAUUGAAGCAACGCAGAGCAAAAUGUCCCCAGGUCCUGACAAUCGGAGUGAAAGCAGUGUGUUGUGGUUAUCCUGCGUCUUACAGGCUCCAUUAUGCACCAGCGGCUGCGGCUACUAAAUGCGUUCAUUCCGUCAGCUGCUCUGUGCCUGUUCGUGCUGUAAGACGAUGACUGCGUUCAGGGGCUGGAGCUGCCAUUAAGAAGCACCGGUGUCAGUCCCCCCGCUGGCUUCUAGACCGUCUGUUCUUCCUGCGGCAGCACCACGGACAGCGACGAUGACUCGGCUGCGCAGGAAAGCUCUGGUUGCACUUUUCCUCUUCACGCUCUUCAUUUUUGGCACCAUGAUGGGGCUGAGGACGCUCAAACCCAGCGACGGCUUUUCGGACCUGGCGCCUGGUAUGGACUUUAUGGGGGAGAGGUCCGAGAGGAGGCGGCUGGAUGUGAAAGACGUGGUGGUUUCCCCGGACCAAUUCCACAUGAGCAGCAGCGACACGAAGGUGGUUUUCACCAGAUCUGACCGAGAGUACAGUAUAUUCUACGAUGUCCACAUCUUCUACUACUUGUGGUAUGGCUCUCCCAGCAUGGACAACAAGUACAUCCACUGGGAUCACGUGCUGGUGCCACACUGGGACCCAAAGAUUGCUGCCAGUCACGCUCAAGGAAAGCACACGCCCCCAGAAGACAUUGCCUCGAGUUUCUACCCUGAGCUGGGACCCUACAGCUCGAGGGAUCCAAAUGUGUUGGAGUCACAUAUGGCCCAGAUAGAAGCGGCUGCGGCGGGGGUGCUGGUUUUGUCCUGGUAUCCUCCCGGGGUGGCUGACGACCACGGGGAGCCCACAGAGGACCUGGUUCCUACUGUUAUGGACGCAGCCCACAGGCACAGCAUCAAGGUGGCUUUUCACAUACAGCCGUACAAGGGCAGGACGGACCAGAGCAUGUAUGACAACAUCAAAUAUAUUAUCGACAAGUAUGGAAAACAUGGCGCCUUCUACAAACUCAGGUCAACCACAGGGCGAGUACUGCCUCUGUUUUACGUCUAUGACUCCUACCUGACGCCACCUGAGUCCUGGGCAGAACUUCUUACAGCUAAAGGCUCCCACAGCAUCAGAGGCACGCCUUAUGAUGGGAUUUUUGUAGCGCUCAUUGUUGAGGAGCGUCACAAAUAUGACAUCCUAGCCAGCGGCUUUGACGGCAUGUACACGUACUUUGCCUCUAAUGGCUUUUCCUUUGGCUCAUCCCACCAGAACUGGAAAGCCAUCAAGGCUUUUUGUGAUGCAAACAAUUUGUUGUUUAUCCCAAGUGUCGGUCCUGGGUAUGUAGAUACUGCUGUUCGACCGUGGAACAACCAUAACACCAGGAAUCGUGUUAAUGGACGUUACUAUGAGACUUCUCUGCAGGCAGCUCUGUCUGUCAGGCCAGAAAUCGUCACCAUUACGUCCUUCAACCAGUGGCAUGAAGGCACACAAAUAGAGAAGGCUGUACCCAAGAAAACAGUGACCCGUUUGUAUCUAGAUUAUCAGCCCAACCAACCAGACCACUAUUUGGAGCUUACGCGCCAGUGGGCUGAAAACUUCAACAAAGAGAAGGACAAGUGGCUGAUGUGAGCACGGCUUCAGCUGAGCGGACAGUCUGAGCACCGUUACAGAAUGACGCUGAGCUAGCGCCCGCUCUUUAAAGAUAGCACAUCUGUGUCCAUCCACUUACCUUUUCUUUCCCCAGUCAGAGCACUCCUCAUGAGAUUUUCCCCAAAUGCUCUCUUACUGUUUUGAUUGACUAUCAUUUUUUGUACAUGUUAACAAUGCCGUUCAUUUGCCGAUGCUUCAGGGUCACAAUGAUAAACAGCUAAUAAUGGAUUUGUGAUUAAUAUGGGUUUAUGACUACAAAAAAAAGUGGCUAUGUGCAUUAACUCUGUGAGGUUUGUUUUUUUGUCGUAUUUUCCAAUGCUUCAAACUUUUUUUUCCUGUCUUUCCAUAGUGACAAAUUGAUUUGUAUGUCUGUUUAUGGUUGGAGAAUCAGUUGCUGAUAUGAAAGCGUGAAUGCAACUUUAAAUAAAGUUAGAAACCCCUAGGAAAGUUGCAGUGCAAGCUGCUCAGUCAAUAUAAAAUUUACCUAAUGGCUCAUUCACAUUAGAGUGAAAAUAGGACAUCAAAAUCCUGACGACUAGGAAAAAUCAGUUGUUGCCCAGUGAUUCCACUGAACAUUUUUGCUGUAAGAGUCCAAUUUUAAGUAGUUGCAGCAACCAACUGGUUACCCAGAGGUUGACAACACCCUCAAAUUCUGGGUGACCACGUGCUGGAAGGCAACAUGACUCCAAGCAAUCGCAGUCUCAGGCAGAUUGGAAAAGGUUUGCAAAUAAUUGCUGUUUAAUUUAUAAAGACAGGCCACCAGAGUCUGUCUGUGCCAGCAUCUGCAGCACAUCUGCAACUCAUCUGCAACUCAUCUGCAACGCCUCUCAUUGCAUUAGGAAUGGUUGCAGAUCCCCCAUGUUUGAAGCAACAGUUUCAAAGGCAACAACAUUGCACAGUUGGAAAAAUUUUGGUCGUGCUGCCAGCCACUGUUUUUAAUAGUGCGACUGUAGCAUAACAACCAAAAACCUGUUGAUUAUUCAGUGUCUUCUAUUUGCUCUCUGUUCCUGCUGCCUCAAAGCGGUCAAAAAUUAGUCAUUGCAUUUACAUUGCUGAAAGCUCAAAACUCUGAAUGUAUUUAAUGUAUUUUUUCCUAGUGAAUUCGUCAUAGCCCUAUGAUGGACUGGCGACUGUCCAGGAUAUACCCGCCUCUCACCCUAUGACAGCUGAGAUAUAAUCUGGCUCCCUGGCAACCCUGAUUUUAGAUAAGCAGCUAAGAAAAUUGAUGGAUUUUAUCAUAGUUGGUUACACAGAUCAAUUAUAGGCCAGUCACUGAGUGAACAGUCGCUACAAGUAAAUGGUAAAUGGACUGGUUCUUGUAAAUAAUGCUUUUCUACUUUUCUUGAGCACUCUGUAACAUGCCUGAUUCACCCAUUCACACUCCAAUGAAUGCAUCAGAGAGCAGCUUGGGGUUCAGUAUCUUGCCCAAGGAUGCUUUGGCACGCAGACGGGAGCAGCUAGAGAUUGAACCACCAACCUUCCAAUUAGUAGGUCCUGCUCUCUCUCCUGAGCUGCAGCCAACCAAAAGUCUUCUACUCUGAUGGUAUUGUUGGAGAGGGUCCUUCAAAGUGCUGAUAUUGUAGUUCUACUCAAUGAGCAGAGAUUUAUCAUUAGUGAUACGAGCUACUUUCUGCUGCUCCCCUUAUUCACAGCCAAAUGUGUAAAUCACUACACUACAGAGCCGCUACCGUUAGUGGCUCAGUGAAAACUAAAUCACAGCUUACCUUCUAACAAAGCUCAUUUCAUUUAUGUUCAUCAGUCAAUUAAAAGUAAGGUGAGGGAGUUAAAUGGUGGUCAGUGUAGAAAUGAGAGCGGUCAAGAGGUGGGACAAAAUGUGGGUUGAGUAUGAGGGGGAAAAGAGUCAAACUGGGAUUAAUAAGGAACCAGGUGGUGUCACUGCCAAACACACAG